CCAUCUGACUCUCUCUCUCUCUCUCUCCCUCUCUCCCCUUCUCUAUUAUUAACCGUCGUUCUUGGAAGUUGGCACUCCCACUUCUAUCUCUCUUGCGUUCUCAUGAAUUAAAUUUUCAUGAACCAGCUCCCUUGGCUUUCUUCUUCUGCUUCUGCUAACCUGAUGGCUACUAUUCCCAUUAGCUACAACUACUGUUGGACUUUUUCUGAUCCUGGGCAUGCCUUUCUCUUGUCCUUGGCUCGCUUCAAAUUCGGCGGAAUCAAAGUUUCUCGCCUGAAUGCUGGGGGUGACCGACCUCAUCGUCUACGUGUGUUUUGCCAAUUCCAAACGGAGAAAAAACAGAUAAGAAAGUGUUCUCCUUUUCUUGAAAGUUUGUUACUUUCUGGUGAGGGUGCUCAGGCCCCAGAUGAGUGGAAAGCUGUUCCUGACAUUUGGAGAUCUUCAGCAGAGAAGUAUGGGGAUCGAGUAGCCUUGGUGGACCCAUAUCAUGAUCCACCUUCAACUAUCACAUAUAAGCAGUUGGAGCAGUCAAUUUUGGAUUUUGCUGAAGGCUUGAGAGUAAUUGGACUUAGACCAGAUGAGAAGGUUGCACUUUUUGCUGAUAAUUCUUGUAGGUGGCUUGUAGCAGAUCAAGGUGUGCGUCAUCAUGAUCUCCAUGACUUUUACUGCAUAAAUAGUAUGAUGGCAAGUGGGGCAAUCAAUGUAUCAAGGGGUUCAAGAUCAUCAGUUGAAGAACUAUUGCAAAUAUACAAUCACUCUGAAAGUGUUGCACUUGCUGUGGACAAUCCUGAAAUGUUUAAUCGGAUGGCAGAGACAUUCUAUUCUAAGACUUCCAUGAGAUUUCUGAUUCUACUUUGGGGAGAAAAAUCACAAUUACUCGGUGACAGGAGCAAGGAGCUUCCUGUCUUUAAUUUCGUGGAAGUCAUGGAUUUGGGGCAGCAGAGUCGCAAGGCCUUGUUAGAAUCUCGUGAGUCUAAGCAACACUAUGUGUAUGAAGCAAUCAAUUCUGAUGACGUCGCUGCUCUUUUAUACACAAGUGGAACUACUGGAAAUGCAAAAGGUGUUAUGCUUACUCAUAGGAAUCUUCUGCAUCAGAUUAAAAACUUAUGGGAUAUUGUACCUGCUGAACCUGGGGAUAGAUUUCUAAGUAUGCUGCCACCUUGGCAUGCAUAUGAAAGGGCUUGUGAGUAUUUCAUUUUCUCACAUGGAAUUGAGCAAGUAUACUCAACUGUGAGAAACCUAAAGGUUGAUUUGGAACAUUAUCAACCACAUUACUUGAUUUCUGUUCCUUUAGUUUAUGAAACAUUAUACAGUGGGAUCCAGAAGCAGAUAUCUACGAGUUCUCUUUUGAGAAAGCUUGUUGCACUGACUUUCAUAAGGGUCAGCUUAACAUACAUGGAGUGUAAGAGGAUAUAUGAGGGGAAAUGCCUAACAAAGAAUCAGAAUCAGCCUUCCUAUGUCUAUUCAAUAUUGGAUUGGUUAUGGGCAAGAAUUAUUGCCAUAUUAUUAUUUCCAGUUCAUUUGCUGGCAAAGAAACUUGUCUACAGUAAAAUCCAUUCAGCUAUUGGGAUAACAAAGGCUGGAGUCAGUGGUGGUGGUAGUUUGCCCAUGCAUGUUGAUAAAUUUUUUGAGGCAAUUGGUGUGAAAGUGCAGAAUGGAUAUGGUUUAACAGAGACUUCACCUGUUAUUGCUGCUCGGCAACCUGGAUGUAAUGUUAUUGGAUCCGUUGGGCAUCCCAUUCAACAUACAGAAUUCAAAGUUGUAGAUUCUGAAACCGGUGAAGUUCUUCCACCUGGUUCAAAGGGCAUAUUAAAAGUUAGAGGCUCACAAGUGAUGAAAGGAUACUAUAAGAAUCCUUCAGCUACGGAUCAAGUCAUAGAUAAGGAUGGCUGGUUGAAUACUGGUGAUAUCGGUUGGAUAGUUCCUCGUCACUCCAUUGGAAGGAGUCGUCGUUCUGGAGAUGUGAUAGUUGUGGAAGGCCGUGCAAAAGACACUAUUGUUCUGUCAACAGGAGAAAAUGUUGAGCCAGUAGAACUUGAAGAAGCUGCCCUGAGGAGUAGCUUAAUUCAACAUAUUGUUGUGGUUGGCCAGGAUAAGCGACGACUGGGAGCUGUGAUCGUUCCUAACAAGGAAGAAGUUGUGAAAACAGCAAGGAAUUUGUCCAUUAUAGAUUCCAGCAGUUCUGAUGUCAGCAAAGAAAAAGUAACCAGCUUGAUAUAUAAAGAAUUGAAGACCUGGACAUCAAAAUUUCCAUUCCAAAUUGGACCUAUCCUUCUUAUAGAUGAGCCUUUCACGAUUGAUAGUGGCCUUAUGACUCCCACCAUGAAAGUUCGAAGGGAGAAAGUUGUGGCUCAAUACAGGGAGCAAAUAGACGAUAUGUACAAGUAAACUAGCUACUGAUAAUGGUCUCAUACUGGCACAGGAGUGCUAUGACCGUAUUCUCUGUAAAGACAAGGAAAUAUUGUCCCUCCAUAUUUUUUUUAGUGCAUCUUCCUAGUUUCUACAAAAUAAAAAGGCUGCUUUCCGCAUUAAGGUUUA